AUGGAAUGGUUCGAUGAUACUUCGUCGUCUUCGUCCGACGAGAUAGCGCAGGCGAUCAUCGAUGAAAUCCAGGAGCAGAAACAAUUGAUAGCUCAAAUGUACUCCCAAUCGGAGCCGAAACGUGUUGUUCAUCACCGACAAUACGUCUACCGUGAUCAUGAGGCUACUCAUUUAUGUCUUAUGCAAGACUACUUCAACGACAAUCUGACGUACGGGCCUACAUUUUUCCGACGUCGUUUUCGGAUGCAAAAGGAGUUGUUCUUACGCAUCGUCAAUGCUGUGCAAGCUGAAAAUACUUACUUCCAGAUGAGCCAUGAUGCACGAGGUCGGGCCUCUCUCACGCCUUUGCAUAAAUGCACGGUGGCUUUUCGCCAAUUAGCCAUCGGCGUCACUUUCGACGAGUAUCUUAAGGUCGCCGACACGACGGGGCGUCUAUGCCUCAAGAAAUUCUGCAUGGCUGUCAUUCGGGCUUACGGAGCCGAGUAUCUUCGACUUCCUAUAACGACGGACAUCCAACGCCUUUUUCAGAUGCACGUGGAAGAAUUGCCCAAAGGCGUGACACGGUGCAUAUGUUGA